AUGGCCGACGAGUACGAGCAAAAUCAUGUACAUGAAGUGUAUCAGCAGAUUGCUGGGCACUUCUCCGCAACACGUUUCAAGGCCUGGCCCAUCGUGGAACAAUUCCUCCAGGCGCAGUCUCCCGGGUCUGUUGGUCUGGACGUAGGAUGUGGCAAUGGGAAGAAUUUGACCGUCAAUAAGGAUGUCUUUAUAGUGGCUUCGGAUAGAUCGGAAAAUCUGGCGCGAAUUGCAAUCCAGCAUCAGCCCCAUUCCACCGUGGUGGCUGACAUUCUCCAACUCCCGCAUCGGGACGCCUUCUUUGACUUUGCAAUCUCCAUCGCAGUGGUCCACCAUAUGUCGACCCCAGAGCGGCGAGUGGAGGCAGUUGCCGAGAUAUUGCGAACUGUAAGACGGGGCUCGGGGACGGAACCAGGGGGGAAAUUCCUGGUUUAUGCCUGGGCGCUGGAGCAAAAGGAUAGUCGUCGUGGUUGGGAUAAAGGUGAUCCCCAAGAUAUCAUGGUUCCUUGGGUUCGAAAGUCCAAGUUGGACCAAGGGCAAGAGCAGACCUUCCAUCGGUACUAUCAUCUGUAUGAGGAAGGGGAGCUAGAGCGCGAUAUCGAGCAAGCCGGUGGACAGGUUUUGGAGUCCGGGUAUGAGAAGGAUAAUUGGUGGGCUAUUGCGACGCCCAAGCCCAAGCCCGCUUCCUGA